GGCUCCUGCUGCUACUGAACUGUUCUAGGGGCCCCUGCUGGGAUCGGUUCGGGUUCGGGCCGACAGGAAGAGGAAGCGCGCCGCCGCCGGGCCUCUGGGUGUUUCCUCUCCGCGGACACGCGCUGGACCGCAGACCGACGGAGGCUGAAGGGAGCAGGAUGGCAGAGCCGGACGUGAGGAGCUUCCUGCGGAGGUUGGGGGAGGACUUCCCGUCGGCCCUCGGCCCCGAGGACCCCCUCCCCCUCAGACCCCUGAGCCGGGGGGCCGUCGGCCUGGAGGAGCUGCAAGGGGAGAGCCUGGAGCUGGGCCUGCGCCUGCUAGGCACCUGGUCCACCCCACCAGCUCUGUCUGCCCUCCUCUGCCAGGCUGCGGUGGCCAAGGUUCUCCAGAGUGACCUUUCACCUUUCCACUGCCCCCCCCAGACCCUCGCCAACCAGGAGCAGGAGGUGGACCAGGACCCGGUUCAGUUGCUCCAAUCAGAGCCCUUCCAGCGGUUCUUCCUCAACACUCUGCGGGAGGUGGGCGUGGCCUGGCACCGGACUCCUCCCACCCCCCCCCCGAGCCCCACCUCCUUCGUGCCGCUCUGCUCCGUCCACGCCAUCAGGAACGCCCGCAGGAAGAUGGAGGACCGGCACGUGGCGCUGGAGCACUUCAGCACGCUGUUCAACCUCCAGGACGGGGUACAGCGCCGCUACUACGGCGUGUUCGACGGCCACGGGGGCGUCGAUGCCGCCGUCUUUGCCGCCGCCCACCUGCAGGUCCUCCUCAGCCAGGAGGCGGAGCUACGGAGCGACGCCGCCGCCGCCUUCAGACACGCCUUCCUGCUCACCGACCAGAUGUUCAGAGACAAGGCCGGCCGCGAGCGGCUCCGGAGCGGCAGCACGGGGGUGGCGGUGCUGAUCCAGGACCAGGACCUGACCCUGGCCUGGCUGGGGGACUCCCAGGCCCUGCUGGUCACCCAGGGCCACGUGGUGCCCCUCAUGGAGCCCCACAAGCCAGAGAGAGAGGAUGAGCGGCGGCGCGUUGAGGAGCUGGGGGGCUGCGUGACCUUCAGCGGCUGCUGGAGGGUCAACGGCACCUACGCCGUGUCCCGGGCCAUAGGGGACUUCGACCAGAAGCCCUACGUCUCGGGGGAGGCGGACUCCGUGACGGUGUCGCUCAGCGGUGGGGAGGACUUCCUGCUGCUGGCCUGCGACGGCUUCUUCGACACCGUCAGCGCCGCCGAGGUCCCCGGGCUGGUGCUGGACGCCCUGGAGGGGGGGGCGGGCGUGGCCGGGGGGGGGGCGGGCGUGGCCGGGGAGGGGGGGGGCGUGGCCGCCGCAGGGGAGGGCGUGGCCCAGAAGCUGGUCUCCCACGCCAGGGAGGCGGGCUCCAGCGACAACAUCACCGUCAUGGUGGUCUUCCUCCGCCCCCCCCACAGCGUCCUGGCCUCAGGGCGCGUUGCCACGGCGACCGCACAGCCGGCCCCAGACCGCUCUGAAGACUCCGACACCCAAGAUGCAUCAGGGUAAGGAGUGGGGAGGAGGGGCUGCACUGUGCCAACGGACCAAUGAGAGAGGAGCGUGGAAUCCAACAGGACGUUGCCAAACUACUGAAGCAGUAUUUCCAAGCGGGGGGGGGGGGGGGGGGGGCUGAACCCCUGUUAUCCGAGCAGCACUGUGCUGGGGCCCCCCUGGGCCCUCAGGGGCCCCCCAGGGCUCUCUCGGGGCUCUUUAUAUUAAAAUGCUAAAUCAUUAUUCAAAUCUAUUAAGCCGGUGGAAGAGGAUAGUGGUUCCUAACCUUUACAGUAUUUCCCUCUGUGGUCUCAGAGGUCACUUCAUAGGUCACAGGUCAUAGGUCAUGACCUCCUCACAGCCAGGUCCAGCUCGUUAUGAGCUGAAGCUAACGAUGUCAUCUCUCCCCCAUCAUGUAAUGGUGCUUCAUGUUAUGCAUCCAUAAAAAAUGUAUUAUGUUGGACUAACAGUAUUUUUACCUAAAGUCAAGUUAACUAAUAUAAACAGUAAUAAAAAAGAUAAAGACGAUACAGUAUUUUUUUUGUCUUCCAUUUGUUUUAAAAAAUAUUUAAUGAUUCCUUAUGUCGUUAGAAUAAGAUGAAUGAUGUCAAACAAGAC